AUGGUCGGCGGUUCGGGCGGUUCGAGCGACCAGCGGAAGAUCAGAAGCUUAGAUCCGUCUGACGAUGAAAGCGACAUUCACGAAAGCCGUCACGAGCUCCAUCGCAACAGCCACGAGAGCCGCUCCGAGAUAUGGCGGAAUCACGAGAGGACGAUCGACGUGGGAGGCGGGGAAGUGGCGGACGUGCGGCGAGCGCCGGAAGAGGACGCGGCGGGCGUGUUUGCGGGGGAGCAGGGGAGCGCGGGAGGCGGAAGGUGGGGGGAAGCAGGCGGGGAUGCAGCGCGGCGGUCAGCGCUGCUGGAGCAGAUGCUGUCCGCCAAUCUGCGCCUCUCCGCCUUCGCGCAGGGCUCCGACCCAGCUCCUGAACCCCCCCCGGAACCGUCCGUUUCUCCCCCCAGUCCCCCCUCACCUUCGCCUUCCCCCCCGCCAGCCGCGCCAAACACGUCAUCCCCGCCGUCCACUCCAUCGUCGUCCCCCACUUUGUCAACGGGAGCCAUCAUUGGCAUUGCUGCGGGCGGCAUCGCUCUCCUCGGCGCCACCAUCGCAGCCAUCCUCAUUAUCUUCCUGUGCGCUAUAAGGAAACAACGCAAAGGUGAGGUAGAGAGACCUGGGUCGGCCCAGGUGAGCCCAAGAGACAAUGGGUGGGGCCAGGUGAGACGGAGAGACCUGGGUGGGGCCAGAUUCUUGACUCUCUCCCAGCGGCUUGCGAUCCUGAUAGGGGUGGCGCACGGGCUGGAGUAUCUGCACAGCUUUGGCAUCGUGCACCGCGACAUCAAGCUCGCCAACAUCCUGCUGGACCGCCACAUGCACGCCAAGGUCGCCGACUUUGGCCUCGUGCGCAUGGGCGAGGGCACCUCCGUCGGCACCACCCGCAUCCUCGGCACUCCCGGCUAUGUCGACCCCGCAUAUUCCCGCACCCGCAGGGCGACAACGGCGACCGAUGUAUACAGCUUUGGCAUUGUGAUCCUGGAGGUCAUGACUGGGCAGCGGGCAAUGAUGGGCAAGGGAGAGCACCAAGUCAGCAUCAAGGACUGGGUGAGUGCUCGAUAG